AUGCCUUCCUACACAGUGACUAUUGCCACAGGAAAUCAGUGGUUUGCAGGGACGGAUGACUACAUCUAUAUAACCUUGGUGGGCACGGAGACGUGCAGCGAGAGGACACUUCUGGACAAGCCUCUUUACAAUGACUUUGAGAGGGGGGCGAUCGACUCCUAUGAUGUGAGAACCAGCGAGAACCUUGGUGACCUCGUGUUUGUGAAGCUCGAGAAGAAGAAGUACUGGGUGCAAGAUGACUGGUACUGCAGGUACAUCACAGUCAAGACCCCAUCUGGAGACUACUUGGAGUUCCCCUGUUUCCGCUGGCUGGUGGACGACAGUGAAGUGGUGCUGCGUGACGGACGAGCAUUUUUGCCACAGGAUGACAAAACCAGCCUGGUUAAGCAGCACAGGCAAAAGGAGCUGGAAACCAGGAGAAAGAUUUACAAAUGGAAAGAAUGGCAGCCGGGAUUUCCAAUGAGCAUAAAUGCAAACAAACACAAGGAACUGCCCAGAGACAUCCAGUUCGACAGUGAGAAGGGAAUGGAUUUUUUGCUAAACUACAGUAAGGCAAUAGAGAACCUGUGUGUAAACCAGUUCAUGCACAUGUUCCAGUCCUCCUGGAGCGACUUUGGUGACUUUGAGAAGAUCUUUGUGAGGAUCAAAAACACAAUUUCAGAAUACGUGAUGGAGCACUGGAAAGAAGACUUCAUGUUUGGCUACCAGUUCUUGAAUGGCUGCAACCCAGUGCUGAUCCGGAAGUGUCACAAACUUCCCGACAAGUUUCCUGUCACUGAUGAGAUGGUUUCUGUCAGUCUGGAGAGGGAACUAACUCUAGAGCAGGAAAUGGAGGCUGGUAACGUUUACAUAGUGGACUGUGAGCUGUUGGAUGGUAUCAGUGCAAACAGUACAGACCCCUGCACACUGCAGUACCUGGCGGCACCAAUCUGUCUGCUGUACAAGAACAAUCAGAAAAAGAUCAUGCCCAUAGCCAUACAGCUUGGUCAAGAUCCAAAAGAAAACCCAAUCUUCCUUCCAACCGAUUCUGAAUAUGACUGGCUGCUGGCUAAGAUCUGGGUUCGUUCAUCCGACUUCCAGAUCCACCAGACUGUCACACAUCUGCUGAGGACACAUUUGAUGACGGAGGUGUUUGGCAUCGCCAUGUUUAGACAGCUUCCAGCUGUUCAUCCCGUGUAUAAGCUCCUCAUUCCACACAUCCGCUUUACUAUUGCGAUAAACACCAAAGCCAGAGAGCAGCUCAUCUGUGAGUGCGGGAUCUUUGACAAGGCGAAUGCGACAGGUGGGGGUGGUCACGUCCAGCUGAUCCAGAAGGCCAUGAAGACCCUGACCUACAAGUCUCUUUGCUUCCCUGAAAUGAUCAAGUCUCGUAACAUGGACGACGUGGAGGAGAUGCCCACCUAUUUCUACAGGGAUGACGGCUACAAAGUGUGGGAGGCCACGAAAAACUUUGUGUCGGAUGUGGUGUCCAUUUACUACACCUGUGAUGAGCGAGUGCAGGAGGAUGAAGAGAUCCAGGCUUUCAUUAAAGACGUGUGCAGCUUCGGCAUGCAGGACUUUGAUCACUGUGAGUUUCCAAAGUCUGUGAAAACGUGCGAGGAGCUGAUUGAGUACCUGACAGUUGUGGUGUUCACGGCUUCAUCCCAGCAUGCAGCUGUGAAUUUUGGACAGUACGACUGGUGCUCCUGGAUCCCCAAUGCCCCCCCCACCAUGCGGAAGCCUCCUCCAAAUGAAAAAGGUCUGGCAAAUGUGAAUCUGAUCAUCGACAGCCUCCCUGAUCGUGGCCGCUCCAGCUGGCACCUGGGGGCCGUCUGGGCCCUCAGCCAAUUCCAAGAGAACGAGCUGUACCUGGGCAUGUAUCCGGAUGAGCACUUCAUUGAGAAGCCAGUAAAACAGGCCAUGGAGAAGUUCAGGAAGCAGCUGACAGAGAUCAGCAGCUUCAUCAAGAAAAGGAACGACGGAAAGAAGUUGCCCUACGCCUACCUGUCCCCUGACAAAAUCCCAAACAGUGUUGCUGUUUGAGGACCAAAACUCAUUUCACUCCUACUUUCUAUACUUAAAAAACAAAAGUCAGAAAAGUAAACUUAAACCUUAAUAUAUGAUUUGCAUUUAUGGUUUAAAAAUAUAACCAUCUACAUUGAGUUUUUUUGUUUGAUCUUGUAAAAACUUACAAUUUUGUUAUUUUAUUCUGACAGGUGAAGGUCAAAAUGUGGAAGUUGUUUGCAUGAUAAAUACAAAUUUAAAUGAUAAUUAAAAUGUAUGUUUCUUUUUGUCAUUC